UUCGCUCUAUCUCUGUUUUAAAACGGAAAAAACCGAAGUUAUUGCUUAGUUAAGUGCCAAGGUAGCGGACGCUAAUGUACAUAUUACGCCGUUCUCGAUCUCGUAGCGACGUAACACCGGUGGCAUUUGCUACGAAACCACGCUGCAUUAGCUACGGUUGUUUAUAAUCUGUGAACAUGGGAUGGGAAAGUGCAAAUGUGGUUCAAUAAUGACGGUGGUGUUCGUUGGAAAAAACAAACGCGCGGUUCGCUAUGCUCGCUUGUCUUGAGAAGACCUCAUCUGUUUCGAGUGAAAUCAACUAAAAAGGGAUUAUAGUUGAACAUCUGAAGGGAGAUUUAUUAAUUGUACAUACUGUUGUGACCCGUCACAGCGGGAUGUAGACAUUCGUUGAUGUAGAGUUCGAGAACUCAAGGCAACUAUUUUAUGUACUUCUGUGUUGCGAAUGAUGUCACCGUCAGGCAUUGCUCGUUGGAACUAACCAAGAAGCAAGUAUCAACUUUGUGUGAUACUGCACAAUGCAAUAAUGUGCAAUGCAAUAAUGUAUUACAGUACCGCCUGCUUUACCGGAAGCACAAGUGCAACAAAGCUGUUGUGUAUCAACUGCAAAUGUUUGCACUUCCUGCGAGCCAUUAUUAAGCUCCGUUUGACUUUGCUUGUGUGUGUCUGCCUGUGUCGUGUGCUCCUUUUUUUUGCUUCAUUUGAAAGGAGAUAUUUCCUCAGCAUCUGGCUGAUGCAACACUUUCAAAGUUCUGGCUCUUCUCUCAAAAAUCUGUGUCUCAUCAUGAGCACUUUCAAUGUUUACAACCGCACGUUGAAGUACUAAAACUGUUUUUUUCUUCCUUAGCAAUGCCGUCAACGACUUCUCAUGGAUGCCAUUGUUGUAUCCCAAGCUGCAAGCACGUUCAGCUGCGCAACAGGGAUGUGUCCUACCACUCUUUCCCGAAAGAUCCUAGCCUCCGUGAGCAAUGGGUUCAAGCCAUCAUUCAAAACACAGCUUUGCCAGAACUGUGGCAGCCUAAGCCCAGCCAUAAGAUAUGUGGUGCACACUUCAAUGUCUGCGGGAAGAAACAAUACAUGGACAAGGUGCCACGGCUCCUGAAGCCUGGCACAUUCAUUCAGACAUGUCCAUCUCAAGUUGCCCAGUCUUCCCCUCUGGAUGUGUCUGUGGAGGUUACUGUGGAAACCUCCUUCGAGGAAGUGUCCAGCAUGAGUCUUGAAGAAGAUGUAUUGUCCUCUGAGUCUGAACACUUCCUAAGUCAGUCUGACUUUGUUGAUGAGACAGAAGGAUCUGAACAAUGCAGUAAACUCGAACAGCUCUCAAGAGAGAAUGAGGAACUUCGAAGUAUUAACUUGUGUCUUCUUCAAGAGAAAGCAGACCUCCAGAAAAGCAUUGCAGAACUCCACGGAACAAAUGCAGCUAACAGGAAGGAACUGCAAGAUUUGCGUCAGAAGCUUUCUGCUGCAGAGGAGCAGUUUUUGAAGGAGCAACAAGCACUCUCAUCACAAGUUCUUGAUCUUGAGAGAAAACUGGUUGAGAAAGAAGCUAAUCAGGAGAGGUUGAACCCAACACCACUAAGCAUUGCCAGAGAUACUGAGAAAUUGCAGUUCUACACUGGGUUUAAAACAGUUGAGCGUUUCAAGAGAUUUUAUGAAUUUGUUCAUUUGGGCUAUGAGAACUAUAGGAAGACGUGCAGUCAAGGAUCAACGAAGAGUGGGAGACCACAAAGGUUUAAUUUGGAAGAGCAGUUGAUUCUUGUGUUAAUCCGAUUAAGAGUCGGUCUGCUUGAGAGAGACUUGGCUUACAGGUACUGCACAAGUCGUGCAUACAUUAGUGAAAUGCUCUCCUUUUGGACCGAGUUUUUAAGCGAGUACCUCAGCAGAACGCCAAUAUGGCCAUCUCGAGAAACGGUCAAUGACUUCAUGCCGCCUGUGUUCAAGGAAUCCUAUCCAUCAACAAGAGUGAUACUGGACUGCACUGAACUCUACAUCGAAACUCCAAGUGACUUUCGUGUUCAAAGUGACACCUACUCUGUUUACAAGAGUCACAAUACAGCAAAGGGGCUCAUUGGAAUAGCUCCCAAUGGUUUUGUCACUUUUGUUAGCAAUCUUGCACCUGGCAGAAUUUCAGACAGGGCACUAGUCAAGCAAAGUGGUCUUUAUGAUUUACUCGAGGAGGGAGAUUCAGUGAUGGCUGACAGAGGCUUCAUCAUUGCGGAGGACCUGGCCACACUGAAGGUCGACCUCAACAUUCCACCAUUUUUAAAUGGUGCUCCUCAGCUCUCAGUUGCAGAUGAACUUAGAACAAGAAGCAUUGCGAAGGCACGUAUUCAUGUCGAACGUGUUAUUCGACAGGUGAAAACAUUCCGGAUUUUGAAGUACGUUUUUCACAACUCAAUGGCAAAGCUGCUAAACCCAGUGUGGAAAACUUGUGCAUUGUUGUGUAAUUUUAUUGACAAUCCGCUUCUUAAUAGAGGGUGUGAAGGUCAGGAAUGAGAGUGCCUUGUCAAGCUAAUAGAGUUCUUGUACAAUAUUGGUUUAACGCGCGUGCCAGCAAGGACGUGAGUACUGUGAUUAGUCGUUUUGUGUGUGUGUGUGUGUGUGUGUUAUUUCCAGUCGCAGAUAAAAAGGCUUGUGAAUUAC